AUGUCAUUCUUCGUGGACGUUGUCACCGAGGAUUCAUUCUACGAAAAUCUGACCCUUGGUGUGGUCAAGAUCCUCGAGAACUCCCCGUGUGUGAGAAACGUACGGAUCGAGAGGCGAAACGGCUGUGAACUCGGAGCUAUCAACAGCUGGGAGCAACGCCAUUGCUGCGCGCUCCCCGAGGACGUUCGGAAUUUCUAUGCUUCCAUCGACGGUUUCCUACUGCAAUGGAAUCUCGAGAUAGCAGGUGAGGAAUUUUCGAUAGGUCGCAUGGAAAUCGGUAGUUUGUCGUCGCUCAAAAGAUAUGUCGGCAAGGAUCGGCAGACAGGAUCAGUCUCAGCGCAAGACUCAUCGGGGACUCAAACAGGGAGCGAGUUGCAGGAAGACGUCAUGUUCUCCGGGGAUUCGCGCGAUUGCAAGCUCUUCGAGAUCGGCCAGUGCUUUCCGGGACCCGAAAACGGCAAGAUCUACUUGACGUAUCGUUCCAAGCAAGAGCAGGACUCGCCGAGUAUCUGGCUCCAUCACGACGGCAGCUGGUACCAUCUGGCCGACAAUUUCACCGCGUAUUUUCGCAUGAUGUUGGCCCAUUUGGGCCUGCCCUUGUGGCAGUGUUGCGCGGCAGGGUUGCCCCUGUUCACCUGGGUUCAACAGGCAUAUUUUCUGGUCGGGCCCCAUCUGCUGCCGUCUACUGUCGAGCCUACCGAGACCGUAUCCGCUUCGUUAUGGAAUAACGGGCCCAUCAACGUCCUCGACCCGGCUAUCUUCAAGGCCAAGGAUGGCAAGCAGAGAAAUACUCGCAAGAAAUAA